AUGAUGAAAGGUUCAAGAAGAACGGGCAACAACAUGGCCACCACGCUCAACACCCCCGUGGUCAUCCAUGCCACGCAGCUGCCCCAACACGUCUCUACUGACGAGGUCCUGCAAUUCCUGGAGGGCUUUAUUAACGAGAAGGAGAACAUCAUUGAUAGCACCACGAUGAACGUCGUCAGCGACAACGCCGCUGGCGCGGACGUUGUCCCUGCGGUCAACGCCAGCCUAAGCAUGGAUACUAACCUGUCCAGCUCCAUAUCACAGCUUAAGAGGAUCCAGAGAGACUUCAAGGGUCUGCCCCCCGCCCAAGACUUCUCCGCCGCACCGAUUCAGGUCACCACGGCCGGUAAGAACGACGCCAGUGUCGGCGUCAGUGCCACUGGUGGCAAGAAAACCACAUUCGCCGACGAAUGA